CUUAUGCUCUCUUCGUCCUUCUUUCUCUUGAAAAUACGGUUAUAAUUCGUUAAAUGUAUUACCCAGUGUUCAAUCGUUUUUUUCAUAUAUAGAAAUUACGCGUCAAUGAAUACUCCUUAUUUUUUCUUUUUUCUUUUCUUUAAUGAAACCAGCAGAAGGCCGAGUACAUAAAAAGAGAGUAGCAGCAGACGUCGAUUUAUCAAAGUUCUCAGACAUAUUUGGUAUUGGGCCGUCUAAUAGGACCUCUUCUACUGCUACAUCUGUUAGUAGAGUGAGUCAUUCACGAAAUAAACGAUUGACGAUGCCAAAAAGAAAAACAAAAACUGAUCAAGAGUCAACAAGUGACAUCAUCAAUGACAUCAACAACGCUAUGAAAACACCAAACGAACAAAAAGAUGUAUUUAAAUGUCCAUUUUGUUAUGAAACGUUGAUACCACCUUAUCCUGAGGAAUUGGAAAAAGCUGUCAAGAAAGUAAAAGACAAGAAAGUUGCUUAUGAACAGGAUCAAAGAAAGAUGUACGAGGAAAGAAUAUAUCAAGAAAAGGCAGAAGGAAGAGUGUUUAUAGAACCAUUCAUGAUGCAUGGUGAUGGAUUAUUAGAAGAGGAUAAAAAGAUGAUUUGUAAAACACAUAAAAGAGAAUUAGAGUUAAAACCACGUGCGAGAGAAAAGGGAUAUCCAGAAACUAUUGACUUUGAUAAGCUGGCGUCAAGAAUAGUAGCAUUCAAAGAUGACUUGUUGGUUAUAAUUGAUGGUAAAGCAGAGAGCAGCUUUGCUUUAGAAGCAAAAAGAGUCAUUGAACAAGUUGGAGCAAACAAAGCAAGAGACACGACUGAGAUGAUGAACCAAUUUGAAGCAACACUGCCUGGUUAUUAUGGUAUGAAAGGAGCGGAAAAGAUGAUGGAAACUCUUUGUCAGCUAUUCCUCGAUAAAGAAUUAACUAAACAGAAAUGCUGGCCAUUAAAACCCAUCGAAUAUAUUCAGCAGGUACUGGUACCAGAAUGCGGUGUGAGGCUUAUUCAACAAGACAUGGAAGUAGAGUCUGAUAAAGCAAAAGAAAUUAUGAAGGAAAGUGUAGAAUAUAGUUUAUAUUAAAUAUGCACAGUUGCACUCAAUUGAAUAAAUAUAAUAUCCUCUUUUUUUCUUUUGCAAUGCACGUCUUGAUAGC